AUGCUGGUCGUGGCCUGGGUUGUAGUGGCGGCUACAGCCGUCACAUGGGGAAUUGACGGGGGAGACUCCUUAGGCGGGGAUGGCUAUGGCGGCGGAAGGGCGGAAGGCGGGCGAAGGUUAUUAGCAGUCAACGGGGAGGAGAUUAAAGAGCGUGCUAAAGAGUUGUACGCGUCAUGGGCGCAGAUUUACGGGCUAGACAACGCCUCGUCGCUGCUUCCCCCGCCCUCCCCACUCCCCUUUCCGCCCGCCGUUCCCCCCGCGCCCCACCUGGAGGACUGCUCCGCGCGCACUGCCUGGCGCCGCGCCUCAGAGGCGCGCGGACCAGGGGGGGAGCCGCCCUUAUGGGCGCGGGGCCAGGGGGAAGGGGGAAGAAGCGGGGAACCGGUGCGUGGGGGUGCGGUGGGGGGGGCGGAAGGGGGAGGGGAGGGGUGCGGGGAGGGGCCUCUCCCGCCCUGGGUGAGGGGUGCUGACGUGGACAACCUUCCACUGACACGUGUCGCGCAGAGAGACAUUUGGGAGAGCCAGCGAAUAGGAGCGUCGUGUGAGGGGCGGCGCCUGCUACUGGCUCGCUGGUGGCCGGCUGAACGCCACGACUUGGGGUCUCAGGUGCAUCUGGCGGGGGCGUAUCUGAGCAUAGCUAUGGCUCACAAUCGCACCUUCGUGCCCUGGCCUGGACAAUUCGACCGCGCCCUCCUCCCCGCCUGCCAAGACCUAGGCCAGCGGGGGUCAUGGGAGUGUUAUUUCUUCCCCGUCGCCUCGUCUGAUUGCACGCAACGAGCGCAGCAGGCCCUGGCAGCGGGUGCCGUGCCGCCCUGCGCCUCUCAGGGCCUCACAGCAGCAGCAGCGUCAGAUGCGCCCAUUGUGUGUGUGGAGCUGCAAGAGCUGGGAGAGCUGUUCAUGGAGCAAGGCAGCGAGGCAGGCAGGCUGUGGGGUUCUGUUUAUUUGACCACACCACCCACCGUGGUGCACUGGGGGCAGAUGCAAGGCAUGUCGACCAAUGAGAGCAUGACCCACUGGUGGCGUGCGCAGGCCACGCGCUUCAUGCUGCGCUGGCCCUCCGCGCAUCUCUGCCACGUCACCAACCAGCAGCGCCACGCUGCGUUCGGUAUGCUCGUGGCCAAUCAGCUCGCAGAGUUCAUCCCAACCCAAACCGCCUUCCUGCGUGGCCUCUCAGCCAGCAACGCCAUCACAGAGAGUCAAUACAUGCUGCUCUCCAGCAUGGACGAUUACUCCUCCUUUCUCCCUCCCCCCACCUUCCCAAUCCCCUUCUCAGAUGCUUCUUCUUUUUCCUCCUCCUCCUCCUCUUCCUCUGCUUCAGCCCCCUCACCAUCUGUCUCCCCAACAGCACAACCACCACUACCCACACCAGAGACAGCACCUGAGGUACCAGCAGCAGCAGCAGCGGAGGUGCCUCAGGGCGAGUCGUCACCCCCUCACGUGCGCUCGCUGCACGCCUGCGUGUGGCCCCAGCGCGGCUUCCCCGCCCCCCCUUGCUCCGCUGCUAGCUGUGCCCCUGCUGCCGACUGCAACACUGGUGAAAGCAGCAGCAGCAGAGAGGAAAGCAGGGAGGUGGGAGCGGAGGAAGCGUACAGGAUGGUGGGGGGGGGGUGCACAUGCCAGGGGGCAUGGUGCGCUCUGGUGCAGGUGGGUUGUGGUGCAGGUGGGUUGUGGUGCAGGUGGGUUGUGGUGCAGGUGGGUUCUGGCUCAGGUGGGUUCUGGCCCUG